AUGCAUAACAUCGAUGUGCCCGAUGACUGGGCUUUGCGCAAGGUCCAUUUAGCCAGCCAGUACGUCGAGGAACAAUUUUGGUCUCAUGUUCAUCAGUCUCCAUCCAUUAUUCCACCCAUUGAUCUUGAUGUCCAAAUGGCGUUGAGCUGUGCACAACUGGCAUCGACUUUGGCCAAUGCAUAUAUGAAUACAACAAAUCUUGAUCUCAAACGAUACAGCGAUGCUUGCGGGCAGCAGCCAACCGGCCGCAGUUCCACACAGGAAGCGCGCCUGUCAAAGAAGUUCCCACCUAGUCGACAGAUAGUACUUGAGAAGCCCUGCAUUGUGUUAGAUGCAGGUUAUUGCAUCAUCUUUUGGUAUGUGCCAGCAGCAUUGUCAGUUUGGAUGAAAGAUGAUAUCAGUGCUGCGAUGCAUAAUGCCAAUGAUCUCCUGAGAGACAGUAUAUUCUCAGCCAAUGCAAAUGGUGUUUGGAGGACAGAUGGGUCAUAUUUUCAUGCGACCGAAACACGCAGUGUGUCCCCAGGCUGUAUCAAUGUAUCUCCCUGCUGGUUUCAACAGGGCCACGAGCCUUAUGGUCAUGCCCAUCAAAACACUGACGUCAGCUUCUGUCCAGACGUGUCGGCUACUCUCAAAAGUCCCCAUGGAUUAUCCAUCAUUAAGUCUAUGCAACGACCUUCCCUGCUCAUCUCGGCCGCAUUGAGGGUCAUGCACCCUAGUCUAUAUUGGGACCCAUUGCGAACCACCAUUGAGAUCGGACGCUGGGCUUAUUCCACUGGACGAAGUGAGAUGUAUGAUCGCAUUAGGUAUUGGGUGUCGGUCUUCACAGGUGCUGCUAUAAUGGCCAACCGAUGGUCACCCGCACAUCGCGAUCCCCAAUGCUGCCCUGAAUGGUUUGAUAUCAUGACAUGCAUCGGCAACUAUCCAAACACCCACAUGAAGCUUCCUAAUCUAGGUAUCGAGUUGGUAUAUGACUCAGGGGUGAUGGUAGCAUUCUGUGGUCGGCUUGUCCGACAUGAGGUAGAUGUCAGGUCGGGCGACCAAUGGGUGUGGGCAUGGUUUAUGAGAGACAGUGUGCAUAAUCAUUUCAAGAUACCAUGCGGACAGCACUCAAUCUAUGCUCAGGAGGAUUAUGCGAAAUACAGCAAGGUAGAAGACAUUUCAGGCAGUAUGUGA